GAAUCACCAGCCAAUGUAGCCAUGGCAUCUAGAAAUCAACAAAAAGAAGUGAAAGAACAUACGAAUUACGAACAAAGAGCCAAAACAUACGGAAGUAAGAAAGUUCAAAAUGCCAAUACCAACAAUGAAGCCAACAUAACCACAUCACCUAGAAAUCAACAAAGAGAAGUGAAAGUACAUAUGAAUUACGAACAAAGAGCCAAAAUAGUACGGAAAAAUCAACAAAAAGAAGUAAAAAUAUAUAUGAAUUAUAAACAAAGAGCCAAAACGAUAGUAUUAGCAGCUACACACCAGGGCACUACAGAAACGACACGACAACACCAAAAAUUAGCAACACCAACAAAGAACGGUACCAGAAAUCGAUGCCACCAACAAAUGACGACACCAGAAAGGGAAGAAUACUAG